UUAACAUUUAUUAUCUUCCCCUACUACAAUAGCGUAGAGAAAUUUUAACGAGUUAUAGGGGAAAAAAACAAUUCUUUUAUUAAAAUCAGUUCAACAAUGGACAGCCAUCAGCUAAGCCACUCGGCGGGGACUCUAAAUUUCGGUAUCGACAGAAUACUGGCAAAUUAUGAACAACAACAAAAAAAAAGAUGCGGUAGAGCUGUCUUUACAGCCGAGCAAAAAGAUUGGCUGGAAUAUUAUUUUCAAAUGGAAAAAUAUAUAACCAAAGCCAAUAGAAAUGAAUUAGCUUCUGCAUUGGGACUUGCCGAUUCUCAGGUGAAGGUUUGGUUUCAAAAUAGAAGAAUGAAAUGGCGUCACGGUGUCUCGUCAAUAAACCACACGAAUAAGUCUAAGAGCAAUAACUGUUAAUUACGGCAACGUUUAAUUAACUGAAAUCGAAUAUAAAAUAAUGUAUAUUAUAGUAUAACCUUAGAAAUUAGAAGUAGACAUUUAGAUUUUAGAUACAUAGAAUCAGAGAAUCAAAGCGGUCUUAUGUCAUAAUAUUGCCAAUGUUUGUUAUUCAAAUGAUUAACAUUGGACAAAUUAAAUAUAAUAUAAUGGUAAUUAAACUGCACGU